GGCAGAGGCUCCCAAUCUCAUCGUCGUUCUCCCCAACUCUUCUGGCAGUCGAAGCAUCAAUACUCCUUAAAGUGACCCUGAUUUCUCCAAGCCUCCGGCUUCCAUAAGAUUGGACACAACUUUUGAGUGGUUGAUUUUGUGAAGUAUAAGAGCUGAAGGGUUUUGGUUGCUUUUGAAUCUUUUUCUUUCCUGAAGCCUUGAGCUGAGGCAGAAGAAGAAAUGAGUGCUGGGAGACUGAAGAACUUGCUGGCAUCGGUAGCCAUUGAAGGGGUGGCUGAGGCGAGGGCAAGGAUAUUUGGCCACGUGCUUAACCCUACAGGUGAGAGAUCUGCUCAUAAAAUUCUACGCAAGAAGCUGAUUGGAGACAAGGUUUCGCAGUGGUAUCCACAUGACAUCAGAAAGGAUGAUCCACUUGUCAUGGCACGAGAAGAACAAGAGCGGUUGAGCAAGCUUGAAAUGUUGAAGCGUCGCGGAAAGGGACCACCUAAGAAGGGGCAAGGAAAGCAGGCCAAAAAGCGGAACAAGUAGACAUCAUUUCCAAUUUGAUUAGCUUGGGAAUCAUCUAACGAGUUUACUUUCAGGGAAAACAAGAUCACUGCCAGUCAAGCAUUAGUGAGUUUUACUUGAUAGCUAGCUUUCCUCUCUGAUAUGUUCUGGCAUUGCUUGCUUUGUGAACCUUAUAAAACGUAGACUGAGAAACAUGGAAAUGGAUUUUGUCAUUAAUUGUUCAUGUCAUCUCAUGCAGCCAUUUAAGACAAUGUGUUUAUUACUUUUUUGGUAAUGGAUGGAAACAAUACAAUAUAAUACAAUAGUACUAUUUAUUACUGAUGCC